UCUACACAAAUUUUUCCAUGUGAAUGAAUCGUGUGUUUUUUGUUCCCUGUUAAAAGUAAUUGAAGAAUUAUUAUGUCCAAUGAACGACGGUUUUAUAUAGUUCUUAUGCAUUUUUUAUAUUUUUGUAAGCAUAAUCUUGAUAAUUGAUCUCCUAAUUUAUUUGAGCUUUUGGAUUUAUAGCAUGACUAGGAAUUGAUUAGUGAGAAUUAAGUUUUUAAGCGGUUAGAUGUAACCGAUCAAUCAACAAAAGUAGUUACGAGCAUUUUAUUUAGAGAUUAAUAUAAUUUAAUUUUCCUAUCUUGUUUCUUUAUUUUUUCUCUAUUUAACCACUAAAAUGUUUUCUAUCUUUUACUGAUCCUAACCGCAUCAAAAAAUUUCAUAACCGCGAAAAUCAAAUCUCUCUUCUUGGCGGAAAAAAAGAAAACGGCAGAGAAAGAGAAAGAAAAUGGAAAAUACGGCGAGCUUAGUGACGGGUCCCGACGGACGAAAACGGCGAGUGAGCUACUUCUUCGAGCCAGAGAUUGGCCAACCAACGGAUCCCUUUCCGAGCCAUAUGGCGCACAAGCUCGUCCUCACAUAUGGCCUCGACCGCCACAUGGAAAUCAGCCGCCCAUAUCUCGCCGGCGUUUUCGAUUUCACACAAUUCCACUCACCGGAGUAUAUCCAAUUCCUCGCCUCCCUUACGCCGAUGAAUUUAAAGGAUCCUUCCGUCUCGCUUAACAAAAGUCGCUUCUUCGACCUAGAUGUGAACCGGCACACAAACAGUACUAUCUUCAACGGCCUCUUCGAUUAUUGCCGCGCCUCUGCUGGUGGUUCUUUAAGCGCCGCCGUCAAAUUGAACCGUCGGGAAGCCGAUAUUGCUAUCAAUUGGGCCGGUGGGAUGCACCGUGCCAAGCGUGAUCGUGCUUCUGGCUUUAGCUUCGUCAAUGACGUUGUGCUUGCGAUUGCCGAGUUGCUCAAGGUUUUCAAGCGAGUUCUCUACAUAGAUAUUGGCUUCCGUCAUGGGGAUGCAGUGGAAGAAGCAUUUUACAAUACGGAUAGAGUUAUGACUGUUUCUUUCCACACAUAUACGGACACACCUUUCCCAAGAGACGGAGACAGAAGGGAGUUGUAUUCUCUAAAAGCACCAUUAAAGAAUGGGCUCAAAGAUAAAAGUCUUCGCAACUUGUUCAGACCUGUUAUCAACAAGGCAAUGCAAGUUUAUCAGCCAGAAGUUGUUGUUCUUCAGUGUGGUGCUGAUUCAUUAGCUGGUGAUUUUACAUUCAACUUGAAAGUCAAGGGUCACGGUGCUUGUCUCGAGUACAUAAGAUCUUUUAAUGUUCCUCUCAUGGUCUUGGGUGGUGGUGGUUCUACUUUUCGACAUGUUGCUCGUUGCUGGUGCUAUGAGACAGCGAUUGCGGUUGGGGUUGGGGAACAACUUGAAGAAGAACUCAAAGUCAAUGAGUUUCAUUAUAAGCCAAACUUCCAGCCGGAUUUUAACACAGCAAGAGAUAUUGAGAUUAUAAGGAAUGGUUUACUACGGCAACUUUCACAGCUAAUACACGUACCAAGUGUACAGUUUCAAGACACUCCACCAAUCAGUGAAGCUACAGAACCGGCGGAAGUGGACAUGGAGAAGAGACAAGUUAUACAAAAUUUGAGGCGAUCCAAGCUAUGAAUCAGAGACUCUGACGAGGAUUGGCAUUUAUACAGAUAAGGCCAAUGGGUAAUGUGUCAUAGGAGACGGAUUCUUCAUACUUAGUUUCACCUUUUUGUGAGUUGUUUUACAAACAUGUACUUAAAAAAAAAAGAACGAGAGGUGUAAAGAAAUCAACACUUUGUGUAAGCGUGAUUACAGAAACUGUCAAAUAUUAUAGGAAAUUCAAACAACAGAUUGUUGUUGUCAAAAGUCUUCAAAACAUCAUCUAAGUUUUAGUGUAUUCCUUGCUGUGAAGAGGAAAACAGAGUUCCACUUUCAUUUUGUUACCCUGUAACAUGUUAGAAUUACUAUAUAAGUUGUCGGUUGGAAACUAUAGAAUUACUAUCA